AUGCGUUUGACACAGGGUCAUUCGCGCUACAACUUGGCGCUGUGCCGCCGUUUAUCGCAAUUCUACGGGGAAAUCAACGAUGAGCAACCGUCGCAGGUCCAGCCAAACGAUAAAAGCCGCGAAGCUGCUGCGAUUCGGCGUUCUGCGGCGGUGGCGCCGAACAGGGACGAUGCAGUGAGCCUCGGCGACCCCUCGCUCUUCUCGGGUUCUUACAGCGACCUCAGCAGCACCCUCAGUGACCGCGUUAUCCGGUCACUGUCGAGCUGCGGGUUCGUGCAGAUGACCGUCAUCCAGUCGCGAAGCAUCCCAAGGAUUCUGGACGGCUGUGACGUUCUGAUCCGCAGCGCCACUGGAUCCGGCAAGACCUUGACCUUCCUGGUACCGGCUCUACAGCGGCUUGUGUGCCCGAGAAAUGGAGCUAAGAUCACUCGCCAGGAUGGAACAUGCGUUAUGAUGAUAUGUCCGACCCGCGAGCUGUCGGUACAAACCAAGGACACGUUCAGCAAAUUGGCGCGACCGUUCCCAUGGAUAGUCGUCGCAGCGUUGAAGGGGGGAGACAGCCGCAAAUCCGAGAAGGCGCAGAUACGCAAGGGGAUAACGGUGGUCAUUGGCACGCCGGGGCGUGUCCUUGACCAUUGCGAGAGCACGGCCUCCUUUAAAGUGUCAAACAUGGACAUGUUUGUGCUGGACGAGGCCGACCGUCUGCUUGACAUGGGAUUCGAAGUCAAGAUCCGCGGCAUAUACAAGUUCCUCAUGAGCUCCAGGGAUGUGGAGUCGGCGGGGAAGCUGCAGACGGUCAUGACGUCGGCUACUCUGACGGAUGCGGUGCACAAACUGGCCGACUUCUGCCUGCGCACAAACCGUGAGACCAUCGGUGUCGACGACGACUUCCUUGCGAUGCCGUCAACCCUGACGCACGAAUACGUGGUGGUUGAGUGCAAGGACAAGCUCAUAUGCUUGAUUUCGCUGCUGCUAAAAUACGUCUCAAAUGGCGAGAAGGUACUGAUUUUCGUGGCCAACUGUCAGACGGUGGUCUAUUUCCACCGGCUGCUGCAGUCGCUGACGUGGCCGACCGUCGCCGGCGCCAAGAAGGGGAAACGCGACCUCCCGUCCAAGGUUGCCAAGAAGCUGGACAGCUACUCGAACACCAUUGAUGAGUACGAGCUUAUGACCGGCGAGGAUGCUAGGCAGUUCAAGGGCCCAAUUGAGGGGCGACCUAAGGGGCUGCCCGUGUUCGGCCAAGUGCCCAUUCAUAUGCUCCAUGGCAGCAUGGAAGCCAACGAUCGCGCCGGGUACAUGAGCGAUUUCAUGAGCCAGGAGAGGACAAUUAUGGUCUCGACCGACGUGGCUUCCAGGGGCCUUAACCUGUCCAAGGUCGACCGCGUCAUCCAGUACGACCCCCCGCAGCAACUGGAGGAGUACAUUCACCGUUCAGGUCGCACAGCGCGCUUGGGUGGCAAAGGAAACGCCAUAUUGCUGCUCAUGCCGCACGAGGUGCACUUCAUACAGGCGCUACGCCAGCGGGGCAUACACGUCAAGCAGGUGAUGGAGGGGCUCGUGUGGUCCUACAUCGAGCAGACCUUCGUGCCCAAGCAUCUGCGUAGUUUCAAGGGGUACAACAUAUCCUUCCUGCGCAACUGCUUCUCCGAUCUCGUUUCGGACGACCCGGAGCUGCUGUCGCACGCUCAGAACGCGUUCCGCGCCGCGGUGCAGUCGUACAAAAGUUACGCGCGCGAACUGAGGCGCACUUUCGAUUUUAAGAAGCUCCACCUUGGCCACUACGCGGCGGCGUACUGUCUGAAGCAGCGCCCUGGCGACCUUUUGCCAGAUCGCCGCCAAAGCGCUGCUCCCGGCACAGCUGCCGCAGGUCACUCAGCCGCUAAGGGCAAGGGCGCAAAUGCACGAGCUGGAGGGAAAACGCAUACACCAAAACCGGCUCCAACUCGUGUCAACAAGGGAAUGGGUCGCGUUUCCCAAACCACGCGUACCAUUAAAAAGGUCUCCAAACCGUCAAAGCCGCCGGCAAGGACAGCCAAAACGGCACCGCUAUCAAGCGCGGCAUCCCAGGCUGCGCUCAAGGCGAUCGAGUACCUGAAGUCGCGCAACGAAGUGCUUACGCGCUAA